AUGGCUACAGCAAUCCAAAACGAUAAUUCCGACAUUGAAAAAUGGAAACUUCGCCGAACAGUUCAAUAUUUAUCAUCAAUGCGUGGGCGCGGCACGUCAUUAGUCACAAUGAUUGUUCCAGCUCAAUCACAAUUAGCACGGACCAUGAAACUUCUCACUGAUGAAUAUGGUCUAUCGUCAUGCAUAAAAUCUUCUCAAACGAGACACAAUGUUCAACAAGCAUUAUCGUCUGCUCAAGGAAAACUUCGUUUAUAUACACAAAAUACAUUGCCAGAAAAUGGUCUCGUUCUCUAUACAGGCAUCGUAUACGAUGAGGAACAACAUCGUGAAACGAAAAUUUCCAUGUGUAUUGAACCUUUACAACCGUUACAACAUGGUUUAUAUCGAUGUGAAGCACAUUUCAUUACUGAUUUUCUUCAACAACAAAUCAACGAUAGUACAAAUGAUUUACAAGCACGUCGAUAUGGUAUCAUUGUUAUUGAUGGUAAUGGAACAUUAUUUGCUCGUCUAGAUCCACAACAAGGUACAACUAUUCUCAAACGUAUUCAAGUUAGUUUACCCAAAAAACACGGUCGUGGUGGACAAUCGGCACCACGUUUUGACCGUUUACGUCGUGAAGCUAUUCAUAACUAUUUAAGUAAAGUUGCUGAACAUGCAAAAUCAGUAUAUCUGAAUAGUCAACAACAUGGUUUAGCUAAUAUUGAUGGAAUUAUAAUAAGUGGUUCAGCUAAUUUAAAACAAGAACUUGUUAAAAGCGAUUUACUUGGAAAUCAAAUACAAACGAAAAUUAUUCGAAUGAUUGACGUAAGUUACGGUGCUGAUAAUGGUUUACAGGAAACACUUCGUUUAUGUGCUGAUCUAUUUGCGGAUAUUAAAUUAACACAAGAAAGACAGUUACUUGAAGAGGCUUUUUCUCAAAUCAACCUUUCAACAACAACAAACGAAUCAAAUAUGAUUUCGUAUGCGAUUGCUGCCGAUGAAAUAUCAAUUGUUCUUCGAGAGGGCAGUAGUCUUAUUGAUCGUUUGAUUCUUUGGGAAAAUUUAGCUACGAAACGUUACGUUUAUCAAAAACGUAAUGAAGAAAACAUUGUUAUUGUUGCUGAUAAUGAACAAGAAGCACAAAAGAAAUUGAAAGUAUUAUUAAAAGAAAACGAAAAUGAACAAAUCGAUUGCAUCGAAGAAAUGAAUUUAAUUGAUUAUCUAACUGAAAAUUAUAAAGCUAUGAAUCUUCGUUUAUAUCUAGUUACAGAUCGUUCACCAGAAGGACAACAACUUCGACUUGGUUUCGGUGGAUGUAUUGCGUUGCUUCGAUAUCCGAUUCCGACAUCGAUUUUUGAUUCACUUCAAAAUAAUAAUUUCGCUGAUGAUAUUGAUACAUACGACUAUUAA